GCCGCCGCCGCCGAGGGAGCGGCCGCCUAUUGUCCUUCUCCGCGGCCAAGGUGCGGAGCUGCUCCGGCUCGGCCCGCGGGGGAGCCCCGGGAGCCGCACGUGUCCUGGGUCAUGAAACUUAGUCCACAACAAGCUCCAUUAUAUGGCGAUUGUGUUGUUACAGUACUGCUUGCUGAAGAGGACAAAAUUGAAGAUGAUGCUGUUUUUUACUUGAUAUUUUCCGGUUCUACCCUCUAUCACUGCACAAGUACCCGGAAAGUCAGUUCUGAUACAUUGGAGACAAUUGCUCCUGGUCAUGACUGCUGUGAGACAGUGAAGGUGCUACUCUGUGCUUCCAAAGAGGGCCUUCCUGUGUUUGUAGUAGCUGAAGAAGACUUCCAUUUCGUCCAGGAUGAGGCCUAUGAUGCAGCUCAGUUUCUGGCAACCAGUGCUGGAAAUCAGCAGGCUCUGAACUUCACACGUUUCCUUGAUCGAUCAGGACCCCCUUCUGGAGAUGUGAAUUCUCUCGAUGAGAGGGUUGCUCUGGCAUUCAGACACCUGAAGCUGCCUGCAGAGUGGAAUGUGUUAGGAACAGAUCACACCUUGAAUGAUGAUGGCCCGCGGGAAACACUUAUGCAUUUUGCUGUGCGGCUUGGACUGUUGCGGUUGACAUGGUUCCUGUUACAGAAGCCAGGUGGCCGUGGAGCUCUCAGCAUCCACAACAAGGAAGGGGCAACGCCUGUGAGCCUAGCCCUGGAACGAGGUCAUCACCAGCUUCACCAGCUUCUGACGGAGGAAAAUGCUGGUGAGCCAGAUUCUUGGAGCAGUUUAUCCUAUGAAAUCCCUUACGGAGACUGUUCAGUGAAGCACCAUCGAGAAUUGGACAUCUAUACAUUGACUUCUGAAUCUGAACCACAUCAUGAACCCCAUGGAGACAGCUGUACUGGACAUAUUUCUAAACUUAUGAAUAUACAACAGCAGCUAAUGAAAACAAACUUGAAACAGAUGGACAAUCUUAUGCCCUUAAUGGUGACAACGCAAGAUACUUCUAGUGUGCCCAAAGCACCAGAGACAGAUGGCCAGCUCCUUCCCUGUGCCUCAGAGCCAUCUGAGCACCAGCAGCUUUCUUCUGAAGAAACUAAGAGCACUCUGUACUGCCAAGGGAGUCCUGAGGGAAAGGCUGAAAGUUCCUGUGAUUUGUCAAGUGUGGUCAAGGAAGAAAAUGUAGUUUGUUCUCAUACGCAAAAUAAAGAAGUGGGAAGAAAGGGGGAAGAGGCGGAGCCAGCAUCUGCCGUGGACUCUGGGUCUGCAUCUUAUCAGAACAGCUGCCUUCAGAGCAUCCCUGACUGUGGAGUAAAGGCCACAAAAGGCCUUCCAUCCUGUGGAAACAGAAACCAAGUAACUGGAACAAAAAAUUCUGGAGUGGCCACAGGUCAGCAGCCACUAAGCAACAGGGGCAGUGUGCUGCAGGAAGUCAUGGUCACAGAGCCAGGCGCAUGCCAGCAUUCUUCUGGAAGCGGGCUACUAGACAGAUUUUCAACAGAUGUUGGUGCCCCUGAGAGGGCAGGGGAACUGGAACAUAGCCUACUGAACCCAGAUGCUACCACUCAGAACAGUAGUAAGCCUCAGGUGGGGGAUGGCACAAAGGAAAGACUUGAGAAUUCAGACAUUAGCGCAGCUGAGGCGACUGAUGUUCAGGUUUUAAGUGAACCCAUGGAGAAAGCCAGUAUUACAAGCCAUGUCUUCACCAGCAGUUCCCUGGAUGGUGACACCCCUGCGGAGACAUCAACUGCAUUGAAUCCUGGAGAAAUCCCCACUGAGAAAACAGGAGUGAAACCUCAGGAGAGCAGUUGUGAGGAAAGAACCGAUGCUACAAGUGAACAGGGCUCUCAAGUCUUUCCAACUGCUGCUGAAGACAAGAUUUCAGGUGGCCUGGAACCUGGUACUCUACUAGAAGGCCUUUGUGAGAAACCAUCACCCUUGGUUAUAACCUUCUCUGGGCCCAAACCAGACGAGGUACCAAAACAAAAAUCAGACUCUAGUUCAUGGCACUCUGAAAGCCAGAGCGCCCCGGCACUGCUUAGUUCUGCCACCGUGGCUGGAACAUCUUGUGUUCAGUCUGUGUGUCAGCACAACACAGUGACUUCUAGUGGUGAGGGGGUUGUAAAAGACGGCAGUGGUAAUAAAGUUAGCCUGCCUGAAAGCACAGCAACACAGGCAGACAUGCAAUGUCUGCACACUGCCCUCUGCCCAGAAGGCCCACAAGCUGACACAGUCACUUCUGCCACUGUGAAAAAUACUCAGGAAUCUGUAAGGGUUUGUCCUCUCUGUGUUAUAGAUGCAAAGAAUCAAGGUACACCUUUAGUGAAUACACGUGAAGAUGUCUCACAUCUGUCUUCAGUAGUCCCCCAAACUGAGAAACAACUAGUGCCAGACCAGGUAUCGCCACUAGGCAGCAGUUUCUCUCUGGCAAGCAGUCCAGAGAGUGAAUCAGUAACUAAAGAUGACGCACUUUCUCUUGUCCCCUCCCAGAAAGAAAAGGGAACAGCAACUCCUCAGUCCCAUAGAGCUACAGUUUCUAGAGAUGGCCCAGAUGGAAGAGAUUUGAAUGGCGCUGAUAAGCUAGGAGACAGAGCCACUGGCCUGUCCACACCGUCAGCUGUAGAGCUUCAGACCAGCAUGGGAAAUACCAGCCCUGUAGGCCUUAGUGGAGAAUGCGAGGGUCCUGGCCCGGCAGCAACACCUGGAGUUCUGAGUGACUCUUCACUACAAAGUGUGGAUAAAGCUGCUUUGCUGUCUGACUCUCUUCUGCCUGAAGAAUGUAGCAGUGUGGUGGUUCCAGAAAGCUCCGCAGCUCUGGGAAAAGAUGACGAGGAUAAAACAAUGAGAUGUUCUUCCGUUAAAGAAGACUUACAUUCUUCAGAAAUGUCAAGGGAAAACCAGGAACCACCACCUCCUGAGCAGGAGAUAGCAAGAUUAUUUCAAGAGCCUACGUUGGCCGUCUGUGCUGGGAAGAAAACACAGCAGCACAGUAACUCACUGGACACACCCUCUGCCUGUCUGAAAACAGAAACCAAGCACAACAAGGAAGUGGCCCCGCAGCAGGUCUCCUUGCUGACUGAAGGUGGGGCUGUAAAGGGCCUGGUGGUUGCAGAUUCAAAGCAGAAAGCCUUGGGUUCAGAGCAGAGCGGUUCAUCCCUGUUGCCCUGUCUGCCUUCAGCUGCAUCUGAGGUGCUCCACUGUAACCAACCUUCUGCUCUCCAUGUUCGUGGGAAGGAUACUCAGUUCCCAGGGAAAAACACUGUGUGUGAGGAAAGCAGAAAUGUGAUGGAGGAUGUUACAGUGGCUCAUGCUUUACCAGCUACUGCUGAGCCCAGAAGAAAGGAUACAUCACACUACAUUGAAGACAUUCUGAUUUCAGAGUUGUUAAACGAAGAGAAGAAAGUGAUUCCAAGUUUGCCCGAAGCUUCACUGGACAAAGGUGUCAUUGGCUUACAUGAAGUCAUGACCCCAGAGAUAGUACCAUUUGAUUGCAAGAGAGAGAAACUGGAGGCAACAGACCUCGAUUGUUCCACGAGUAACUCCAAAAAGGCCCCAAACGAUGAAGAAACAAUGCAGCAUCUUGCCAGGGACCUCCCCACAGAGACAGAGCUCUCAGCUCUUAAUGACAGUGCCCUCUCAGCCGGCAUGAAGCAAGUCACACAGGCCUCAGUCCCGGGAGAGGAGAGUAAUGUCACCACUGUACUUGGAACAGUCUCAGUGCAGACUGCACAUGUGCUGCUGGGAGCAGACUCCAUAGAGGAGGCUGCCACUCGUGUAGUGGAGGCCGUCAUCAAGCAAGUCAAGGCCUCCAGCCUACUGAUGACUAAGGGAGAAAUCAGUAAUCCAUCACUGUGCAGUCUGGAAACUGAGCAGCUAGAGAGUGUUUGUGCAGAGAGUCCAUGUGCUUUCCUACCUGAGGAGGCCCUGCAGAUGGAUAAUGCCCACGAAGAAACCACGGGGAGCUGUGUUGUUGAGAUGGAGGAACCAGAGAAAACCAUUCUACCUGUCGGCAAGCCUGAGCCAGCACCAGAAAUGCCAGGCACUAAAGCUGGAGAUGAGGUGGAUCUUCCAAGUAAGACUAGAGCUCCUUCUGAGGAGGCUGUCAGAAAUGGAGCUACCAUACCCAAGAUGAAGCAAGGCCCAGGGACCCAGGCGAUCAACCGAGAAAGCUGGUGUACCAUAGAACCAUGUUCUGAAGCAACAUCUCUCUUAGCUUCCAAACAGAGCUCAGAAUGUGAAAGCUUCUUAGAAGUUGGAUUGGGCACGGAGUGUACCUCAAAAGAAGGCAUGCUUCAGAGGGAGUCGGGGAGUGAGUCUGAGCUCUUCCAGUCACCCAGUGAUGAAAUGGACAGCAUUAUCUUCUCAAAGCCUGAGGAAGAGCAGUUGCUUUGUGAUACAACAGGAUCCAGUUCUUCCACAGAUGACACAGCUUCCCUGGAUCAGCAUUCUUCUCAUGGCAGUGAUGUGUCCCUUCCUCAGACUUCAAAGUUAAACAGAUCCAGAAACCAUCAAAGUUCUGAUGGCUUCUUCAACCAUGGAGUGGGACCUGAGAAUCGAGAGAGUGAGAGUGAGCCUGUUGGCUCUGGCGAGAUGGAAGAGGAAGAGAUGGACAGCAUCACUGAAGUGCCUGCAAACUGCUCUUUUCUGAGAAGCUCCAUGCGCUCUCUUUCCCCUUUCCGGAGGCAUAGCUGGGGACCUGGAAAGAAUGCAGCCACCGAUGCAGAAAUGAAUCAGCGAAGUUCAAUGCAAGUUCUUGGUCAUGUUGUCAGGAGACCUCCCAUUCAUAGGAGAAGUUUCAGUCUGGAAGGCUUGACAGGAGGAGCUGGUGUUGGAAAUAAACCAUCCUCAUCUCUAGAAAUGAGCUCUGCAAACUCCAGUGAGCUCAGAAACCCUUUCAGUGGUGAAGAACAGAGAGACUCUUUGAUGUCACUUUCCGAAGAACAUCUGGAGCCAGACCAGAGACAGCACCAUAGGAUGUUUGAUCAGCAGACAUGUCACAGGUCUAAACAACAGGGAUUUAAUUACUGUACAUCAGCCAUUUCUUCUCCAUUGACAAAAUCCAUCUCAUUAAUGACAAUCAGUCAUCCUGGAUUGGACAAUUCAAGGCACUUCCACAGUACCAGUGCUAACCUGACCGAGAGUAUAACAGAAGAAAACUACAAUUUCCUGCCACCCAGCCCCUCAAAAAAGGAUUUUGAAGUGAAGAGUGGCACAAAGGUUAGCCGCACCUUCAGCUACAUCAGGAAUAAAAUGUCCAGCAGCAAGAAGAGCAAAGAAAAGGAAAAGGAGAAAGAUAAAAUUAAGGAUAAGGAGAAAGAAUCUAAAGAGAAGGAAAAAGAUAAGAAGACUCUUAAUGGGCACACUUUCAGCCCCAUUCCUGUGGUGGGUCCCAUCAGCUGCAGCCAGUGCAUGAGGCCUUUCACCAACAAAGACGCCUACACAUGUGCAAGUUGUAGUGCUUUUGUUCACAAAGGCUGCAGAGAAAGUCUAGCCUCCUGUGCAAAGGUCAAAAUGAAGCAGCCAAAAGGGAGCCUCCAGGCACAUGAUACAUCGUCACUGCCCACAGUCAUCAUGAGAAAUAAGGCUUCACAGCCCAAGGAGCGCCCUAGGUCUGCAGUCCUUUUGGCUGACGAGGCCACUGCUGCACCAAUAUUUACUAACAGACGGUCCCAGCAGAGUGUCUCCCUCUCUAAAAGUGUCUCCAUACAAAACAUCACUGGAGUUGGCAAUGAUGAGAACAUGUCAAAUACCUGGAAGUUUCUGUCUCAUUCAACAGACUCACUGAAUAAAAUCUGCAAGGUCAAUGAGUCAACAGAAUCACUCACGGAUGAGGGAGUAGGUACAGACAUGAAUGAAGGACAGCUGAUGGGAGACUUUGAAAGUGACUCUAAACAGCUAGAGGCAGAGUCAUGGAGCCGGACGGUGGACAGCAAGUUCCUUAAACAGCAGAAGAAAGAUGUGGUCAAGCGGCAGGAAGUGAUCUAUGAGUUGAUGCAGACAGAGUUACACCACAUCCGCACUCUCAAGAUCAUGAGUGACGUGUACAGCAGGGGGAUGAUGACAGAUCUGCUCUUCGAGCAGCAGAUGGUAGAAAAGUUGUUCCCCUGUUUGGAUGAACUGAUCAGUAUCCACAGCCAGUUCUUUCAGAGAAUCCUAGAGCGGAAGAAGGAGUCUCUGGUGGAUAAAAGUGAGAAGAACUUUCUUGUCAAGAGGAUAGGGGAUGUGCUUGUCAAUCAGUUUUCAGGUGAGAAUGCAGAGCGCUUAAAGAAGACAUACGGCAAGUUCUGUGGACAGCACAACCAGUCUGUCAACUACUUCAAAGACCUCUACACCAAGGAUAAGCGUUUCCAAGCCUUUGUGAAGAAGAAGAUGAGCAGUUCAGUAGUAAGAAGGCUCGGAAUCCCAGAGUGCAUAUUACUCGUAACUCAGAGGAUCACUAAAUACCCAGUUUUAUUCCAAAGGAUACUACAAUGUACCAAAGACAAUGAAGUGGAGCAGGAAGAUCUAACUCAGUCCUUGAGCCUAGUGAAGGAUGUGAUUGGAGCUGUGGACAGCAAAGUGGCAAGUUAUGAGAAGAAAGUACGUCUUGGUGAGAUUUACACGAAGACUGAUAGCAAGUCGAUCAUGAGGAUGAAAAGUGGGCAGAUGUUCGCCAAGGAGGACUUGAAGCGGAAGAAGCUGGUGCGGGAUGGGAGUGUGUUUCUGAAGAGCACAACUGGAAGGUUAAAAGAGGUUCAAGCAGUUCUUCUCACUGACAUUUUAGUUUUCCUUCAAGAAAAAGACCAGAAAUACGUAUUUGCAUCACUGGACCAUAAAUCAACAGUGAUCUCCUUAAAGAAGCUGAUUGUAAGAGAAGUGGCACAUGAGGAAAAAGGCCUAUUCCUCAUCAGUAUGGGGGUGAAAGAUCCAGAGAUGGUAGAAGUCCAUGCCAGCUCCAAAGAGGAGAGGAACAGCUGGAUUCAGACCAUUCAGGACACGAUCAACUCCCUGAACAGAGAUGAAGAUGAAGGGAUUCCUAGUGAGAAUGAAGAAGAAAAAAAGUUGUUGGAUACCAAAGCCCGGGAAUUAAAAGAACAACUUCAGCAGAAGGACCAGCAGAUCCUCCUCUUGCUGGAAGAGAAGGAGAUGAUUUUCCGGGAUAUGACUGAGUGUAGCACUCCCUUGCUGGAGGAUAGUUCGCCCACACACAGCCCGAGAGUCCUCUUCCGCUCUAACACAGAGGAGGCUCUCAAAGGAGGACCAUUGAUGAAAAGUGCAAUAAGUGAAGUGGAAAUCCUUCAGGGUUUGGUAAGUGGAAGCCUUGGUGGCACACUUGGACAGUCUGCCAGCAGCCCUGUUGAGCAGGAAGUCAUGGCUGGGCCCAUUUCUCUGCCCCGGAGAGCAGAGACGUUUGGAGGAUUUGACUGUCAUCAGAUGAAUGCUUCCAAAGGAGGUGAGAAAGAAGAGGGCGAUGACGCCCAAGACCUUAGAAGAACAGAAUCGGACAGUGGCCUGAAAAAGGGUGGAAACGCUAACCUGGUAUUCAUGCUUAAAAGAAACAGUGAGCAGGUUGUCCAGAGCAUCGUUCACCUCCACGAGCUCCUUAGCAUGCUGCAGGGUGUUGUGCUACAACAAGAUAGCUACAUUGAGGACCAGAAGCUAGUGCUAACGGAGAAGGUCCUCACGAGGAGUGCAUCCCGCCCCAGCUCUCUCAUUGAGCAAGAGAAGCAGCGCAGCCUAGAGAAGCAGCGCCAGGACCUGGCCAACCUGCAGAAGCAGCAGGCACAGCAUCUGGAGGAAAAGCGCCGGCGUGAGCGUGAGUGGGAGGCACGAGAGCAGGAGCUCCGGGACCGAGAGGCCAAGCUGGCUGAGAGGGAGGAGACAGUCCGCCGAAGGCAGCAGGACCUGGAGCGGGACCGCGAAGAGCUCCAGCAGAAGAAGGGCACUUACCAAUGUGAUCUGGAGAGGCUGCGGGCUGCCCAGAAACAGCUGGAAAGAGAACAGGAGCAACUGAGGCGGGAUGCAGAGCGGCUCAGCCAGAGGCAGAUGGAUCAGGACCUUUGUCAGGUUUCGAAUAAACAUGGCAGGCUGAUGCGGGUCCCGUCCUUCUUGCCCAAUCCAGAUGAGUUCUCCUCGCCAUCUGCACCUUCUAUAACCAAAUCAGGGUCAUUGGACUCAGAACUUUCAGUGUCUCCUAAAAGGAACAGCAUCUCUCGGACACACAAAGAUAAGGGGCCUUUUCAUAUACUGAGCUCAACCAGCCAGACAAAAGUACCAGAGGGGCAGAGCCAGGCCCCAUCCAGCACCUCCACUUCCACCCGCCUUUUUGGGUUAGCUAAGCCAAAGGAAAAAAAGGAGAAAAAGAAGAAAAGCAAAGGAAGCCGCUCUCAACCUGGUGGUGAGUUGUCCACCCUACCUACGCUGUCCACUGUGGCCAUGGCAUGGGCAUUCUACAAGAGAAGGUAGUGAUGGGCGG